AUGAAGAGUGCUACAAUUAGCAAUUUGCCCUGUAAUGUCUUGGAUAAAAUUCUUGGGAGCUUGCCUUUGAAAGAUGCAGUGAAAACCAGUAUCUUGUCAAAAGAUUGGAGGUACAAAUGGGUAACGCGUGCAGAACUUGAUUUUCGUAGUGAGUUUUUCACAUCUUUCAACGACAACCAAGAAGCCAAGAAAAUCAUUUACCAAGUCCUACGACUGCAUCAAGGACCAAUACUAAAGUUUACUCUCCAACAUCCUAAUUUGAUAUGUUAUCGUGAUAUUUAUAAUUGGAUGCUCUUCUUGUCAAAGAAAAAUGUCCAGGAACUCACCCUUCAAAUAUUCACAGGCAACAAAUAUCAUUUACCUUCUUAUCUUUUCACAUUUCAGCAACUAAGACAUCUGGACCUUGAUAUGUGCUUCUUCCACCCUCCACCUGAUUUCAAAGGGUUUGCAAAGCUUAUUAGUAUUAAUCUUCAACAUGUCAUUUUUGAUCCAACAAUAUUUAGGAAUCUCAUAACCAAAUGCCCAUUGCUUGAAAGUUUGAUGUUGACUAGGUGCACCGCAUUUGACGUUCUUGAAAUUGAUGCCCCUAAUCUCAAAUGCUUCGACUUUCUUGGAACAUCAAAGUUCAUUUGCUUCAAGAAUGUCCCUAUGCUUAAAACCAUUGCUGUAUGUCUCAAUCGGAUUUUGAUGGAUACGUCAACUUUUUGUUCUAAUCUUACAAAGUUCUUCCAUUUCAUGCCUUCCCUAGAGGAACUAGAACUAGGCGGUUCAUCAUUAGAGUACUUGAACAUGGGAGGUAUACCUGAGAAUCCCCCGGCUGCUCUAAACAAUGUCAAAUCCCUAUGUAUUUCGGACAUGUCUUUCAGAAAUGUUGAGGAGGUUUCUAGUGCAGUUUACUUGAUUACAAGCUGCCCUAAAUUACAAGAACUUAAAAUUGAAUGUGAAGCAGUAGGCAUUGUGGUGGAACCUGUUAUACAAUUCUUACGAGCCCAAGCAAUCUCAUGUGGUGCUAUGAAGCUGCUUAAAAGUGUGGAAAUGCGUUAUUUUAUUGGUUUUGAGAUGGAAAUAGAAUUUGUGAAGUUUAUAUUGGCAUCUGCACCGGUACUUAAGGAAAUCUUCAUUUGGAGUAGUGGGCAGUUUCAUCGGGGUACACAAAUGAUGGAUGAGAUAAAACAAUUCCAUCGAGAAUCACCCAACGUUAGAUUCAAAUUCGAAGAAAUGUGA